CCCAGGGUUUCUCUUAUCCCGACACCGACCUCGACCUCGACCUGUUGCAAUCAGUGACGGUCCAACCACCAGCUCCGACGAUCUCCCUCCUCAACAGCUGGCUGCCGCCGGUGGCUUCGUUUCGGAGGGAAACUUCUGAUCGUCCUACGGUGGCCGCUGCAGGCCGAUCCUUCUUUUCUUCUCCUGCUUGAGACCAGACAGAGUCCUGUCAUGGGCAUCGAAUGCUUAGUUCUUGGGGCCGGGCAGGAAAUUGGGAAGAGCUGCGUGGUAGUAACAAUCAAUGGGAAGCGGAUCAUGUUUGAUUGUGGGAUGCACUUGGGUCACAGUGAUGACGAGCGUUAUCCUGAUUUUUCUCUCAUUGAUGGCUCCCUAGAUUGUGUCGUUAUCACUCACUUUCAUCUGGAUCAUAUUGGCGCGCUUCCUUACUUCACUGAAGUUAUUGGUUAUAAUGGCCCCAUUUACAUGACGUACCCGACAAAGGCGUUGGCUCCUUUGAUGUUGGAGGAUUUUCUGAGGAUAUCGGUUGGUAGGGGUGUCGAAGAGAAGUUUACUGCCGACGAUAUUUCUGCCUGCAUGAAGAAAGUCACCCCAAUUGAUCUGAAACAGAAUAUACAAGUUGGCAAGGAUCUUCAAAUUCGUGCGUACUAUGCAGGACACGUUCUUGGAGCUGCAAUGGUUUAUGCAAAGGUAGGAGAUGCAUCUAUGGUCUACACAGGUGACUACAAUAUGACUCCAGAUAGACAUCUUGGGGCUGCACAAAUUGAUCCACUCGAACUAGACCUUGUUAUAACAGAGUCUACCUAUGCAACGACUGUACGUGAUUCAAAACAUGCUAGUGAGAGGAAGUUUCUGAAAGCUGUUCAUGACUGUGUUGUUGCUGGAGGAAAGGUCCUGAUUCCUACAUUUGCACUUGGAAGAGCUCAGGAGCUGUUCAUUUUGCUGGAAGACUACUGGGAACGUAUGAAUCUGAAGGUUCCUAUAUAUUUCUCAUCAGGUUUGACCAGGCAAGCUAAUAUAUACUACAAGACCCUUAUGAGCUGGACCAAUCAGAAGAUCAAAGAUACAAUUGCACUGCAGAAUGCAUUUAAUUUCAAACAUGAUAAAUGCUCCUGGGUCUUGUGUUCUCUUUGCCUCGCCUGGAAUGCUCUCUGGUGGCCUUUCACUGGAGGUCUUCAAGCAGUGGGCUCCUUCCAAGGUGAAUCUUGUGAUGCUGCCUGGGUAACAAUCUAACAUCAUGUAUUAUUUAUAUUGAUUGGACAUGUGAGAAAAGACUAUUCUCUUGAGUUGAAUUUUAAAAAUAAAUUCAUCAUUCUUUCGUCCACACAGUGUUAGCUUCUCUUGCAACAGGUGGAUGAGGCAAUUGUGUGCAUGUUUUGCUCUUGAAAUGUUAUCUGAUGAUUGUUCCAAUAUCUGAAGCCUCCCUAUGACAUGAAUGUGUAAAGCCGUAGACUUAAGAUGAACCUUGAAGAAUUGUUGUUUAUUUAUAGUAGCUAUCUUUUAAUGAGGCAAUAAUUGUCCAUAUUUUUCAGGCACUGUGUAGCUGGAACGAUAGGACACAAGCUUGCAUCCGGUAAACUAACUAAACUCUAUGUGGAUAAUAAUAGCCAAAUAGAAAUCCGUUGUAAGAACGUCAAUUUGUCUUUCAGUGCACAUACUGAUUCCAAAGGAAUUAUGGAUCUCCUGAAGUUUCUGUCUCCCAAGCACGUGAUGCUAGUGCAUGGUGAGAAGCCCCGUAUGUCCAUUCUGAAAAAUAAGAUAGAGUCUGGAAUGGGAAUCAAGUGCUAUGAUCCACCAAAUGGUGGGGUGGUGAAGAUUCCUUCGGUCACCGUCCAUGUGAAAGCUCAAACCACAGAUUCAUUUGCCAAGAGUUGCCAGAGUCCCAAUUUCAGCUUGUCAAGAUGUUCCACAUCGGGUGCAGUUUUUUCAACAGACCUCACCUCGCCGCUGAUCGUAAGCGAAGAUAGAAUUAGUGAAGCUAUCUUAUUUAUGGAUAGAAGCAAGGCGAGAGGCGUACACAAGGAGGAGCUGGAGCUGAUUGGGUCGGGAGAAGGAAAGCCCCAGGUGGUUCUGUAUGGCCAUUGCUUUCCAAUCAGAAGCGAUAACUUAACGAAGGCAACAGGUAGGCUCGGGCUUUCUGGUAACCGCUCUUGGCUCAAGGUGCUAGCCUUGGAACUGUCACAUUUGUUUCCCCAAACCAAUGUCCAGAAUAUGGGAGAUUUUCUCCAAGUGGGUUCGUUUCAACUGUCUGUGUGCCUGAAUCAGAGCUGCACUCGUCGAUCAUCUGAUGUUCCGGGGGUUCACGCAACGACGUGCACAUAUCUUUGCUGCAGUUGGUGCAUGGAAGACGAGAAGUUGGCUUUGGCGAUCAUUUCAUCAGUCAGAAACAGUCUUUAAGAAUUCAAGGUGGUGAUGCUGUUCAUUCGUAGGGUUUGCAGUGUUUGUUGGAAUUCUUCUGCAUACAUUAUUUACAUCCAUACUUAGUCUCUGUAACCUGUACGCGAUUUGGUCUCUGACUGACUCAACUAUUGACUCAGCCCUAUGGCGUCUCUUUUCUUCUUCAGCUUUACUAUUUGCUUGCAUGACCAUAGUUGUGUCCUUAAUUCUGACCGACUCAACUCUCCAGAUUUCAUAUGCAGUUAGAUGAAUUUUAGGGGUCGUUUGGAUGUGGAAAUCUAAAGACGUAGGAAUUGGCUUUAAUUUCCACAUCAUAGAAAACCUUG